GCAAAAUGAAUUAGUAUCGCUCAGUAUUUUGUAGUGAAAGAUAGAAAGUGGAGUGAUUUUUUUUGUUUGGAAAUCAAUUUGGUGAACUUAGUGAAAUUUAGUGAUGUCAUUCUUCAAGAGGCCACUUCUGCAAAAUCUACUAAAGAAUAAGAUAAAUACAUAUUAUUUGGAAUAUUUGAGGCAUUUCACUAAAUGCAGCGUGCAUAAUGAGUCCGUUCAUUUGAUAAAGAGUGAACCAUCGGAGAAAUCUUUCAGCAAUAAUUCGACGAGGACAAGGGAACUUCAAUCAAAGUCUGGAAUUAUCACAGUUGCUCGAGACAGAAAGCAACAAUUUAUGUCAUAUUUCCCAGAUAUUGUACAAGAACUUAAAUGGUUGACGAGAAAAUACGACCCUCUUGGAUUAACUGAAAAGCAUUUUGAACGCGUAUUGCAGUACAAUGUUCCACAUGGAAAGAUGUACUGCGGUAUUUCCGUGCUGCCAGCAUACGAACUUAUGGUUCCGAAGGGAUCUCUAACAGAAGCUGAUAUAAAAUUAGCAAUUUAUUUGGGAUGGUGCGUUGAGAUGAUUAAAGCAAUGUUGUUAAUUGACGAUGACAUAAUGGAUGGAAGUAUCACCAGACGAGGAAAGCCUUGUUGGUACAAACUGGAAGAUGUUCAGUUAACUGCCAUUAAUGAUGGACUACUGAUUGAAGAAAGUGUGUACUAUAUUCUAAAGAAGCAUUUUAGUCAUCUGCAAUGCUAUGCAAGACUUAUGGAACAUUUUCGCGAAAUGACUUUUAUCGGCGGUGUUGGGCAGUAUUUGGACAGUAAAUCAACACAGCAGGAUGUCUUGAGUUUUACAAUGGAACAGUUUAAAGUCACAGCACAAAAUAAGGCUUCGUACAGUGGGAUAUACUUUCCAAUUGCAGCAGCUAUGCAUUUAGCCAUGUGUAAUGAUCCGGAAGCAUUUCGGCAGGCAGAGGCCAUUUGUUUGGAAAUCGGUUAUUUCGUCCAGUUGCAAAAUGAUUUUCUUGAUUGCUUUGGUGAUCCAGAGAUCACUGGAAAGUUGGGAACAGAUAUUCAAGAAGGCAAAUGCACAUGGCUGGCUGUAAUGUGCCUUCAGAGAGCUACAAUGGCUCAGAAGAUGAUUUUGAAGGAAUGCUACGGAAAUAAUGAUUCUGAAUCUGUAAAGAUAGUUAAGCAAUUGUACGAGGAGUUAUCUCUCCGAGAAAUUUGUGCGAAGCAAGAAGAACUUUCCUACAACAUGAUCUGUAGGAAAAUACGAGAAACUUCUGAAAGACAUCCCAUUCGAGUACUUCAAAAAUUAUUGGGGAAAACGUGCCAAAAUACUAAGUAAACUUUCUGUAAUAGAUUUUUUUCUGUAAUACUUAGAUUAAAAAAAAACUUAUGUUGGGAAAAGGUGCAUUUAAAAUAAAUAUUAAAAGUUAAAUUGAUUUAAUAAAAAAGUUGCAACGUG